AUGNACUUUUUCUAUUUUGUCCAUUCGACAAAAUGCAGCACCCACAUUCCAUAUGCCCUGGACGGAGUGGAAAUAUUCGUGAACGGAAGUGGCUCCUAUCACGAGUUAUGCAAAGCCCAUGUACUCGUCGAUUUGGUUAAAUCUGCAACGGCAAAGAACGGAGGGAUUUAUGUAUUUUCCAAUUUGAGAGGAUGUGACGGAGAGAGAGUCUACUAUCAAGGUUGUUCGCACAUUGCCAUUAACGGACAUGUGGUUUCUCGGGCCAGGCAGUUUGCGCUCCAAGAAGUGGAAGUAAUCACUGCAACUUUAGAUUUAGAAGACGUGAGAACAUAUCGAAAUUCAAUCAGGAGUCGUAAUUCUAUGGCGGCCGGAGCAGAAGUUUAUCCCAGAGUCAAAGUCGAUUUUGCCUUAUCGAACGAANGAGAUUUCCUAUUUCUGAGGCUAGAGAAGGCAUUGUCAAUCUCAUGUGGCAUGAAGUCAGGAUCGUUAUCUACUCAUUUCAAAAUGAGAAGUAAAGUGAUAUUGGCCUCAUGCACUCUGAACCAGUGGGCGAUGGAUUUUGAGGGGAAUUAUCAUCGCAUCUUGAGAAGUAUAAAUGACGCCAAGGCUGCGGGUGCCACAUUUCGUUCCGGACCCGAAUUAGAAAUUCCAGGAUACGGAUGCAAUGAUCACUUUCACGAAAGCGACACCCUCCUUCAUUCGUGGGAGAUUCUGGCAGAGCUGUUGAAAGAUCCGGACUGUGAAGGAAUCUUGAUCGACGUAGGCAUGUGA